AUGCCAGAGUCAGCAGCAGCUCAAGACACCCUGGGGGCCCCCAGUGUACGUACACCCCGGGAGGGGGGCCCCCUGCCAAGUCCCAGGCAAGAAAGUUCUCCUGAAAGUCCCCACGAAGUUUCGGAAGAGGGGCCCCCGGGGGCCCCCCGGGGGGCCCCCGAGGGGCCCCUCGGGUCCCCCAAGCCGCAGGCUGCCAGCGGAGGAAAGGCCCCUGCUGCAGCAGCAGAAGCUGCCGCUACUCAAGCAGCUGCUGCGCGGACUGCGUCCAGGAGCUCCGAGCGACAAGUAAAGCGACACCGGUCUUCGUUGAAGCACAGCAGCAGCAGCAGCAGCAGCAGCAGCAGCCAGCCACACCGCGCGGUGACCUUCACUGAAGAAGUUUUUGUUGCUGAAGUCCCAAUAGAGAAAAACCCCCACGUGGCCAUUCCCCUCACUGAGGGAGACAUAGAGCCGCAGCAGCAGCAGCAGCAGCAGCAGCGGCAGCAGCGGCAGCAGCUGGGCUCCCCCAGGGGCCUCACAAGAAGCAGCUUAGACGCUGUCGCCGCUGUUGCUGCUAUUGCUGCUGCUGCUGCUGCUGCUGUUGCUGCUGCUGCUACGACAGUGGUUUAUGUGGACGGGUGGCCGCAUGUGCUGCUGACUUCCAUUCCGGGGGUGCCGCUGCAGCAGGGGGAGCAGCUUUUUGUGGAUUAUGGAUUUGACUGGGCAGCAGCAGCAGAUGCUGCUGCUGUGCGUUACGCGCGGCAGCAGCUGCGGGUUUUGCGGCUGCUGCAGCGGCGGGGGGGGCCCGCAGCAGCAGCAGCAGCAGCAGCAGCUGCUGCAGCAGCAGCAGCGCCGGACCUCGACGAAGACGCCUACACCAGCGACCAGCUCUGCGCCAUUUGCUGCUCAAACUCGCUGCCCCGCCUCGAGGCCCCAGCAGCAGCAGCAGCAGCAGCAGCAGCAGCAACGCAGCCCUCCAAGCGCCAGCAGCAGCAGCAGCAGCAGCAGCAGGACAGCGAAGAGGAGGAAGCAGGCAAGGAGGAGGGAAUUGUGUGCGACGGCUGCAACAGGGCUUUUCAUUUGAGGUGUAUAGACACUCCAAAUGAAACAAAUCCACCAAAUCCAAACUUAGAAUGGUUUUGCUGCUUCUGCCUCCAGUUCGCAAAAAGGGUACUGGGGGGCCCCCGGGGCGGCCCCCAGGGGGGCCCCCAAAGGGCCCCCACGGAGGGGGCGAGUGGGUUGGGGACAGCAGCAGAAGCAGCAGCUGCUGCUGCUGCUGCUGAUGCGGAGCUGCCGCCGCCAGAUCCGUCUCUGGUGCUGCCUCCUGGGCUCAAUGAAGCAGCAGCUUUGGCAGCAGCAUCUGCUGCUGCUGCUGCUGCUAAAGAUGAUGCAGCUGCUGCUGCAGCAGUUGCUGCUGGAACAGCUACUGCAGCAGAUGGGGAUGCAGCACGUGCAGCCACGAACGCGGCUGCAGCGGCAACAGCACCAGCAGCAGCAGCAGCAGCAGAUGACACCUCAGCUGCAAACGCAGCAGCAAAGGAAGCAGCUUCGAAGCAAGGCACAGCAGCAGGAAGUGAACCAGCAGCAACAGCAGCAGCUGGACCAGCAGCAGCAGCUGAUGAAGCAGCAGUCGCAGCGCAACCAGCAGCGGCCGAGUCACCAGCAGCAGCAGCGGAACCAGCAGCAGCAGCAGAACGAGCAGCAGCAGCAGGAGCGACAGAACCAGCAGCAGCAUCAGGAGCGACGGAAGCAGCGGCAGCAGCAGCAGCGGAAGCAGCAGCAGAGCCAGCAGCAGCAGCAGCAGCAGCAGGCCGUGUGUUCUCGUCUUUCGAAGCAGCAAAACUUGCUGCAGCAGGAAGGCCCCCAGUGCCCGUGAGGGGGGGGCCCCCCUUAUCUGCUGCUGCGUGGGGCCCCCAGCAGCGCCGGGGGGCCCCCGGGGGCCCCUCCUUACCAGACUCUACUUUUUUGAAAGCAAUAAAACCCUGCAAGGAUUGCAGAAGACAAUUCGGCAGAGACGCAAACCCCAUUACUUGCAGAGGCCUCGCAGCAGACCGAAGGGACGGAUCUCCUUGGGUCAUAAUUGACUAUGACGACGGAGACGAGGAAUGGGUGCCCCCGCGAGUGUUUAUGGAGGAGCUGCUGCGGCAGUGCCUUGGCCGGCAGCCGCAGCAGCAGCAGCAGCAGCAGCAGGAGGAAAGCUCCUCCUUUGCUUCUCUUUUUCGAUUUGAUUUGCUGCCUUUUGUCUCCAGCGAUAGAGAGACAAAAAGAAGAAGACAAAAGUUGAACAUUCCUUACCCCACUUUUAAUUGGGGGGACCAGCCCGCGCUGCUGUUCCGCCAGCAGCAGCAGCAGCAGCACCAGCAGCAGCAGCAGCAGCAGCAGUUGGUGUCUCCAGCGGCGAGGAGCAGGCGGGCAGCAACGCCGGCACACAGGCACACGCCUCCCCCCAGCAGCAGCAGCAGCAGCAGCAGCAGCAGCAGCAGCAGCAGCAGCAGCGGCGUGAGGUCCAGUAAGCGGCUGAGAAGCCGCCGCUGGUCUGAUGGCGAAGACUCCACUGGGGGCUCUCGCAUCAGCCAAGCAGAUGCAGCAGCAGCAGCAGCUGCAGCAGCAGCAGCAGCUGCAGCAGCAGCAGCAGCGGCGCCUGUUGCUGCUGCUUCGUUCCCCAGUAGCAGCAGCAGCAACGGCGGGGAGCAGCAGCAGGAUCGCGGUGCGCACGGCGCCUCUGGGCUUCCGGCGUUUUCUCCCGCUGCUGCUGCAGCAGCAGCUCCUGCGGCGGCCGAGCCCUCCCCAGCAGCAGCAGCAACCGCAGCCGCAGCAGCAGCAGCAGCAGCAGCAGCAGCUGCUGCUGCUGCAGCAGCACGGGGCCGCGUCUGGUUUGAAGAGCAGCAGCAAGCCUGGGCUGCUGAAGCUUUGCUGCCAGAUGGCUCUUUUUUUAAAAGAGUUUUUUACUGCAAAAGAAUGGGCAGGAGGAAGGCGGAGAUGCAGGCUCGACGUUUUGCUGCUCUCGAUCCUGCUGCUGCUGCUGCUGCAGCAGCGGCGGCCACGGCGCCCCGCACCCGCCAGCAGCACCAGCAGCAGCAGCAGCAGCAGCAGCAGCGCAAGCGAGCCCUCAGGGACACCUACUCCGCCUCCAGCGACGAGUCCGACAGCAGCAACAUUUCUUUUGCUUCCGAGGGCCCCUCCGAGGCGUCGGAGGCCCUUCCCAGCAGCAGCAGCAGCAGCAGCAGCAGCAGCAGCAGCAGCGGGGCGUGGGCCCCCAGCGCGCUGAGUGCUGCACUGGAGCCCGGCAGCUUAUUAACUGUGGGGUUUCCGCCGCUGGGGGGCCCCCAAGGGGGGCCCCCCUGGGGGCCCCCUUGGGGCAGCCGCAGCAGCAAGGGGGGGGCCCCCCUGGCGGACAGCAGCAAGCAGCAGCUGUGUCUGGACCUGCUGCUGUCGCUGGCGCGGCACAGCAGCAGCAGCAGCAGCAGCCAGCAGCAGCUGGACGGCGUGGCCUUCCGGCUGCACUUCGGGUGUAUGUCCAGGGGCCCCCUAAACCCCACAGAACUCGAAUUCUACUGCCAGCUGCUGGGGCCCCUGCUGCAGCAAGUUGGGGGGCCCCCCAUAACAGAUGCUGCAGUGAAGGGGGCCCUAAGGCGGCACCCGCAGCUGGUGGGAGACACAAUUCGCAAGCUCGAAGCAGCAGCAGCAGCAGCGCAGCAGCAGCAGCAGCAGCAGCAGCUGCACCUGCAGCAGCAGCAGCAGCAGCUCGCUCACCUGCAGCAGCACCAGCACGUCCAGAUGCAGCAGCACCAACUGCAGCAGCAGCACACGCUGCAGCAACAGCAGCCGCACCAGACGCUGCACCAACGGCAGCAGCAGCACGCGCUGCACCAACAGCAGCAGACGCUGCAGACGCUGCAGCAGGCGCCGCAGCAGCAGAUGCUGCAGCAACACACCGGUAGUGACAAGAGAGAGUCCCUGCUGCCGGAAGAGCCCCAGGCAGCAGCAGCAGCAGCUGCUGCUGCUGCAGCAACUGCAGCAACUGCAGCAACUGCAGCAACUGCAGCAACAAGGGCAGCAGCAGCAGCAACUAGUGCUGCUGCUGCCACAAUGCUGCCGUUUUGCGCACCAUCAGAAACAGCCGCCACUGCAGCACAUGAAAGACUGCAGCUUCAGAGCAGCAGCAGCAGCAGCAGCAGCAGCGGCAGCCGUAGCAGCAGCAUCGAUGAGGAUUUGGCGCAGCAGAGCAGCGGGACCCUCUUAGUGUCUGACACCCCACCAAAUGAAAGUCAGAAACAGGCAGCAGCAGCAGCAGCAACAGCAGCAAGACCAAUAGUAGCAGCAGAUGCAGCAGCAGCAGAUGCAGCAGCAGCUGGAAGUCUCGAGCAGGGCCGCAGCAGCAGCACUCCUUCAGUUCCUGCUGCUGCAGCAGUGGAGCAGACAGCCACGGAGCCUACAGCAGCAGAAGCAGCAGCAGCAGCAACAGCAGCAGCAGGGGCAUUGGCUUCCCCAGGGGCCCCCCAGCAGCUCAAUGAUACCCUAGGCUUUAACGAGGCAGCAGCAGCAGCAGCGGCAGCAGCAGCUGCUGCUGCUGCUGCCCCCGCAGCAGCAGCAGUCCCCGCAUCCCAACAACGACGGCAGCAGCAGCAACAGGAGCCGCAGCCUCAGCCGCCCCAGCCCCAUCCCCAACCCCCGCAGCAGCAGCAGCCCACCCCCCCGCCCAGCAGCAGCAGCCGCAGCAGCAGCAGCAGCAGCAGCAGGAUGGCGUUUCGCGUGGUGGUGGGCCCUGGGGCGAGCGCAGCAGCAGCGCUGGGCGUGGUGCGGCGGUGGGGCCUCGCUUCGGGGGCCCUGGAGGUCUCGCUGCUGCAGCAAAACUACGAAAGCAGCAGCAGCAGGAGAAACCGUCUUGCUGCUGCUAGGGCUUACCGGGCGAAGCGGGGGUACCUGCGCUACGCUGCUGCAGCAAUAGCCCACGCCCGCAGCCACCAUUUGUCUCUCCCGCUGCCGGAAGAUCCAGAAGAGGACCAGCAGCAGCAGCCGCCGCAGCAGCAGCAGCAGAAAAGCUCCGUUUUUUUCGGAGGAAGCAGCAGCAACUCUGCUGCUGCUGCUGCUGCUGCUCCUUUAAUUGCCACGUUUAAUUCAUUGAAUUUACAAAAAUUAAAAAAGUUGGAAUUCGAAAUUAAAUCAAAACUCCAAAAUCUCGAACUCGCCAUCCAGGCCAUGGACACCCACAGCCCGCUCACUGCAGCGCCCCGAGAAGCUGGCAGUGGUUUGUUUGUGCCUGCGAGUCGAGUGUUUGCGGAGGCAAAGGCAAGGGGGCCCCCUUGGGAUUUGUCAAGGGGGCCCCCUUGGAAAAGUGCAAGGGGGCCCCCUUGGGACAUUUUGAUUUUUUUGCAAUUUCGACUUCGCGGAAAAGGCUGGACUGAAGAGGAAAUUAAACUUCUUUGGAUUACAAUUCAAAACUGGUUUUUAUUUCAUUCCAAACUGCAGCAAAUCCGCAGCUUAGUUGCUGCUUUCGAGGGCCAAACGGCCCCCUGGGCUGCAGGAUUCACAGAGGCAGAGAUGCUGCAGCUGCAGCAGCAGCAGCAGCAGCAGCGGCAGCGGCAGCAGCAGCAGCGGCAGACGAGGGCAAGCUUCUAG